CCACUGAUGCAUCAACCUACUACGUAGCGCCGCCCAGCUAGUAACAGCCCCGGAUUAUAAAUUCCGACGAGUCCCCUGCUCGCCUCUUCGAACACUUCUUAAACCAUGGAAAUAUCUUCUAUUCUCCAGGGCGGUUACCAACACCCGCUCUCCCGGGCAUGGCAGGGCCGCCGUCAACUCACUAAAUCCAUGUUCAUGUACCCCAUAUUUAUUACGGACGAUCCCAACGCUAGCGUCGAGAUACCGACUCUGCCCGGCCAGCGACGUUGGGGGGUGAACCGCCUCGAGGAAUUCCUUGGUCCUCUAGUGCAGAAGGGUCUUGCAAGCGUUAUAUUGUUUGGGGUUCCGUUCAAGUGCGAGAAGGAUGGUAGAGGUACUCCUGCAGACGACCCCUCUGGACCAGUCAUACAAGCCAUCAAAAGACUUAAGACGCUAUUUCCCUUGCUUUAUAUUGCGUGCGACGUUUGCUUGUGCGAGUACACCUCCCACGGACAUUGCGGAUUGCUUCACCAGGAUGGAACUAUCAACACCGAACCUUCUGUCGAGCGCCUCGCAGAGGUUGCAUUGAACUACGCCCUUGCUGGCGCGCACUGCGUUGCGCCGAGUGAUAUGAUGGAUGGGCGUGUCACGGCUAUCAAGCGCAAGCUGAUCGAUGCUGGGCUUGGGAACAAAUGCACUCUCAUGAGUUACUCAGCCAAGUUCGCCAGUUCUCUGUAUGGACCAUUUAGAGAUGCAGCCGGGAGUGCUCCUGCGUUUGGUGACCGCAAAUGCUACCAACUUCCUCCCGCAGCAAAAGGAUUGGCGAAGCGCGCUAUACUGCGUGACGCGACAGAGGGUGCUGAUAUCAUCAUGGUCAAACCGGCACUUCCGUACCUCGAUGUCAUUGGAGAUGCUGCAGAGCUUGCACCAGACCACCCUAUCGCAUGUUACCAGGUCAGCGGCGAAUUUGCUAUGAUCCAUGCAGGUGCGAAAGCUGGCGUCUAUGAAUUAAAAACCAUGGCCUUCGAAGCCGCGGAGAGUAUGGUCAGGGCUGGUGCUGGCAUCAUACUUUCUUACUUCACUCCGGAAUUCUUGGACUGGCUCUCAGCAUGAACACACCCCGGAUCGAGCACAGCCCGUGGGCGCCAUCCACUACAUGGGAAUUGGGUGUUGUGUUGUAGAGAUGUAUUGCUAGAUGUAAUAUCGAAUAGUACUGCAGUGUAUCCCCGCUCAUAUAUAUUGUGUUGCCUCAGACAAAAAGA